AUGAUUUUUGUUUUCAUGUAUAACAUUAGUUGGAGGACAGGUCAGGCUUCAGGGAGCUGCUGUGGAUGACCUUGGAUGAGUUUGAAACCCUGCUAGGGAGAGUAGAGCCAUUGAUCACCCGACAGGACACCAAGAUGAGGCGGGCAAUUAUGGCCAGGGAGAGGCUCUCCUUGACCCUCAUAUUCUUGGCAACAGGCGAAACCUACAAAUCACUGAGUUUUCAGUACAGAAUUGGGGCUACUACUGUAUCUGAUAUAGUGAAACACACAUGUGCAGCCCUACAUCAAGUGUUGAAAGAUGAUUUUCUAAAGACACCAAAAUCAGAGGAGGAAUGGCAAGCAAUUGCCAAGAACUUUGUGGAGAAAUGGCAGUUUCCACAUUGUCUGGGUGCCCUUGAUGGCAAACACAUCUACAUUCAGCCCCCAGCCCACAGUGGAAGUAUGUGGCACAAUUACAAAGGCAGAUUUUCAGUCAUGAUGGCAGCUGUAGAUGCCUAUUAUAAAUUCAUUUACAUUAGUGUUGGCACUCAGGGCAGGGUCUCGGAUGCUGGGCUUUUUGCUCAUUCUGAUCUGAAGAAAGCACUGGACCAGGGUCUCCUGAAUGUUCCUCCUCCAGAAAAGCUUCCCGGUUCUGAAAGUGUUCUACCCUAUAUGUUUGUGGGGGAUGAGGCGUAUCCACUGAGAAGGGACCUUAUGAAACCUUCAGGCAGAUGGACCACAACCAGAGGGUCUACAACUACCGGCUCUCACGGGCACGCAGAGUCGUAGAAAAUGCAUUUGGCAAUCUCGCCAAUAGGUUUAGAGUGUUCCGCUCCACAAUCCUGCUUCACCCAGACAGUGUCACCAAGAUCACCCUAGCGUCAGCAUGCCUCCACAACUUCCUUUGUGAUCGCCGUUCAGAGGCCUACAUGACACCAGCACUGGCAGACUGGGAGGAUGUAGACCACCGGGUCAACGAGGGAGCAUGGAGGAGAGAUGGCCUGGGGGCCAUGCAAUGUAUGCCAGCUGAAA